GGAUAAAAUUUUCCUCAGUACACACCGGUGCCUGAGAUGAAGACAUUGUUGUGUGUGUUGUUCCUCGCGGUCACGUGUCACUGUCACCACAAACACAAUCGUGACCACCGGAAUGACCAUGACACAGUACCUGUCACAACAACUCCGUAUGGAGAAUUCCGUGGCGGAUACAACGUCACACGACACGGGCGCAAGUUUGAAACCUACCGCGGAAUAUAUUACGCGGAGCCACCUGUCGGAGACUUGAGGUUUCAGCCUCCAGUGCCGAUUAUAGAAUACAAAAGUCCAGUAGAUGCAACUAAAGAUGGUCCGCUGUGUCCGUUCAAAGCCAGGACCAUAAAAUACAUUGACGAGGAUUGUCUAACUAUCAAUGUAUACACACCCCUUAAAAAAGACAGAACGAAACCACUACCAGUAAUAUUCUACAUACACGCCGGAGGCUUCUACUCCAUGUCGGGUCGCAGCGACCUCGCUGGCCCACACUAUCUCCUCGACCGGGAUGUCGUACUCGUUACCAUCAACUAUAGACUUGGCUCUCUAGGCUUUCUAAGCACUGGUGACGAGCUUGCCCCUGGUAACAAUGGGUUCAAGGAUCAGGUGGCAGCCCUGCAGUGGGUGCAGCGCAACAUCGCUGCUUUUGGGGGUAACCCCAACAAAGUUACCAUCACUGGCUGCAGUGCUGGCUCCAUCAGCGUCUUUCUGCAUAUGAUCUCGCCGAUGUCAAAAGGUUUAUUCCACCGAGCGAUUUCAAUGAGCGGUUCUCCCCUCAAAGUGCGGCCUUUUACGGAUAAUUUAUACCAGCUAGCAGUGAGGCAGGCAGAGAUCCUUAACUGUCCAACCAAUAAUUCUAAAGCUAUCGUUGACUGCUUGAAAAGUAAACCUUGGAAGGAAAUAGGAGACUCUGUAUCUCAAUUUUAUGAAUUCGGAUUUGAUCCUUUGAGCAUUUGGGUACCGGUAUUGGAAAAGGACUUCGGCCAGGAGCGGUUCCUGUCUAUUGAUCCCGUGACAGCCGUCAAAGAAGGCAAAAUGCACGCUAUUCCAUAUAUUGUCAGUCAAACAACGGAUGAAUUCUACUGGAAGGCUUUUACGGUACUACAAAACCAAACACUUCUCGACAAAAUGAAUUCAGAGUGGGAAUCAAUCGCACCCAUAUCAUUCAUGCUGCCGCGGGACAACGGGACCCACGCUGCGGACAGACUGCGCGAGGAAUACCUGCACGACAAACCGUUGACAAAUGACGAAGAAAGCACAAAUAACCUCGGCUUGCUCUACCAGGAUUCCAUUGUCAGCUACCCGGUUCAUAAAUUAGCAAAUCUAAUGUGCCGUCACUCGCCGCAGCCUGUCUGGUACUAUGAGUUUGCAUACAUUGGCGCCCACAGCCACUAUGAAGACCCUGUCACCAAGAAACCCGUUGGCGCAGUUCACCACGACGACUUGAUCUAUCUGUUCUCUAUGAAACGAUUUCCUGCGAUAGGUAUCAACGGCUCCGACGCCACCAUGGUUGACAGGAUGACUGGUAUCUGGUAUAGCUUCGCUGAGCAUGGAGAUCCAAAUUACAGUGGUCUUAAGGAGUUAGAAGACUUGAAGUGGCCUCGCAUCCUGCCAGAGAACCGCCAGUACUUGCGGAUCGACGAAGAACUAAACAUACACAAGAACUUGAAAGAAGAUAGGAUGAAGAUAUGGGAUGAAUUGUUCCCUGUCGCGUAUUAAUUACAUCAUAGUUCUAAGAUAUAGUUUGACGUGAAACUAUUGUAAAACUACUUAUUUAACAUGUUCAUAAUAAAAGAUAUAGAAUAU